ACUGAAUAAGAUUUAUGAAUUAUUAAAUGUGCACCGUGUAGUGAGAUGUACUGUGGUAUGGAGGACGACACGCCUGGUGUACGACAGUGCCCGGGGUAUGCCGGUUUCGUGCCCAGGAAGCCAACAGCAGGCGAUCUCCAGAAGCGCUCAGAACCCACCCAUAUGGUCAGCACCAUGAAAGCUAACUACCGGGAACUUCCGGUCGAUGAAUACAGAAAGCAAACCUUUGCCAAGAAAGGUCCAAUGUCCAGAACAGUGACGCUGACUUACCCAUUCAAUCCAUACAACAAAAUCUGAACCGUCCGAGGAACAUCAUGGAAAGCGUGUCAUGAAUUUAAACUCAUACUCAAAAUCUGUGUAUAAACACCAAUUCUGAUUGCCAGAGUUUUUCUUAUUUAUACACAAAGUAUUUAUAUGUAUUAUAUAAUAAAUU